AUGCAUAGGUCUGCAAGCUGGAACAAGUUCUCUGAUGAUUACUUCAAACAUGUAACGAGUUCAACAUCACCAGGGCAUAGAUCAUCUUAUUCUAUGUUCGAUGGUAACACUUUGCCUACGUAUGACCCCAUUGCUGAGUUGGCUAAGAAGGAGAGGGCACGUGUUAAAUUCGCUGAGACUGCUGUGCAUGUUAUCCCUUUCGUUCUCAUUGUUUGUGCCUUCAUUCUUUGGCUCUUUUCAAAUCCAGAUGUGGGGAUUAUAGGAGAUCCUAUGGCAGCAAGAAUUGAAGGAUUGAGCAUUGAAGGAGAAAUUGAAAAUGAUAGUGACGGUACUCAAGCGGGCUUCUUACCUAUUGUGGUGAGUCCAGAAGACAUAUCCACAAAAGAACUUGGAGCUGAAAAAGAUUCCAUAACUCUAAAGAACUUUUAG